CAGACCUUCUCUGUUCCUGUUCUGUUUCACAAACCGACAAACCCAUUCUCUGCUCCCAAGGCCAUUUUUCCUUUACCCUUUCUCUCUCUCUCUCUCUCACACUCUCUGUCUCUCUCUCUCUCUUACAAGCUCCUUCAAUUUAUUUUCUCAUCAAGAGUGGUCAGAAUUCAGAAAGAAAGAGAUAGAAAGAAAAACAGACAAACACACACAGAACAGAACAGAGCAAAACAGAGGAAAACAGAGAAAGAGAAAGAAAGAGAAUAUUUCACUUCCACAUACCCACCAAAGAGUCUCUAUCUCCUUCAUCUGAACAACAUAAAAACCAUCAUUCUCAGUUUCUCACCUUCACCAAUCAAAAUCUCCUCUUCCCUUUUGCCCUUAACCUCUUCUUCUUCUUCUCUGCUCUGUUCUACUCCCCUGUUUUUUCAACCACUUCCUGAGCUAAAAUGGAGUCCAUGAUACCUCUCUACAAGCUUGAAUCUCGUGGGAUUGUGUAGAAUCCUCCAUAGUUUUCAGCUUUGCUUUCUCCUUGCACUCUCUCUUUCUCAUUCUCUCUCUCUCUACCUUUCUUUCUCCCUCUCCCUCUCUCUCUAGAACCUCCUCUGCUGGAGGAUGGCCUACCGGUGCAAAGAACUGACAGUAGUGAACUUGGAUCCGGAGAGAAAACGAAGCGGUGGCUUGCGGACAAAACAGGCAGGAAGAGGAUCGUGCCGCGGAAGUUAGUUCUCUGGAGAAGAUGAUUCUUCUCCGGUUUUGAUGACCCUUUACCCUUUUUCACUCUUACUCUCUUGUGAAGGCUAGUGUGAUUUCAUUGCUUUGGGAAAAAAGUAAACUUUACAUCGGAUUUGAAUACCCUUUUGCUUGAAGAGAGUCUACAUGGGGUUCUUGUUGAAAGAAGCUUUGAAGACUCUGUGUGCUCGGAAUCAGUGGUCUUAUGCUGUGUUCUGGAAGAUCGGGUGUAAUAAUUCCAACAGGCUGUUAAUCUGGGAAGAUUGCUACUAUGAACCUUUGUCAUCUCCUUUCCCUCAACGUAUUGUUGGAACUUCUAAUUUGCCAUACCAAGAUGGGGAAGGAUGCUGGUUUUCUUCCGAGUCUCAGCUGCGGAAUCAGGAGGAGGACAGAGUCUGUUCAUUGGUUAAUAGAAUGAUGGUGAAUAAUUCAGUCAAUAUCACUGGUGAAGGGAUACUUGGACGGGCAGCGUUUACAGGAAAUCAUCAGUGGAUUCUUUUUAACAAUUUCACUAGUGAUGCAUAUCCACCAGAUGUAUGUACAGAGUUGCAUCACCAAUUUUCAGCUGGAAUGCAGACGGUAGCGGUUAUUCCUGUGCUUCCCCAUGGGGUUGUCCAACUUGGAUCUAUCUUGCCUAUUAUGGAAAAUAUGAGAUUUGUGAAUGAUGUCAAGAGCUUGAUCCUGCAACUGGGAUGUGUUCCUGGUGCCCUUCUAUCUGAAGACUAUUCGCCAAAACUUUCUAAUGAAAGGCUUAAUGGACCUGUGACUGAUUGUGUGCCUGUGUCUGUUGAUCCCCCAGUCAUGACCUCAAACUGUACACCCUCAGUAGCUAAUUAUUCCAAUCAACUAAGUAAUUCAUCUCAUGCCCCUAGGCCUGUUGCUCAACCACCUCAUCUUCAUAGGGUAGACAUUAAUAAUCAGCAGGGUUCUGUAAUGUCACCUCAAACCCAUAACCUAAACCAGAUUUUUGGUAUUGACAGCCUCUGCCAGCCGAAGGCUCAUUCAAUUAUUAAAGCAAGUGUCAGUGGCCAACAUCAGAAUACAGUUCUGAAGGCUGAAGCUCGAGUGUUACCGGCAAAUCUUGAUUCACAUCUGCAACAGCAUUCUGUUUCAUAUAAUGCGAGAUCUGCAUUCAAUGGAUUAGCUGGUUCUCAUCAAUCUAGUCUGAAUGGCUGCAACCCUAAAUAUAUGGAACAACAAAUUUUAUCAGGGGUUGGGAGACUAAGUCAUGUUAAUCCUAAUAAUAAUCCAUCAAGUUCCUUUCAUAUGUCCCAACUGAAAACCGGGGGAGGCCAAAUUCUUUAUCAAGGUCAAGGUUCUGGGAGCACUUCACUACUUGGAGGAGUCCCAAUAUGUAGUGGAGCGAGUAGUCUUUUUAGGACAAAUAUGAUAAAUUGCUCGGCUUCAAACCCCUCUGAAUUAUCUGCUGCUGGUUUUUCUGGAAAACAAAAAGUUGGGUUUGGGAUUCAAAAUGAUGAUUUAACUAAAUCUGGGAUUUCUCUGCCUAACAUGACUAGUCAAUCACCUGCAAAUCACAUGCACCUAGAAGGCUCUGAUCAGAAGAAUCUUCCCACUGAAUUAAAGCAUGCUCAUGAUGCUGUGGCUUCCACAUAUCAAAGGGUAGAUGAUGAUUUGCUGCAAGCCCUUAAGAUCCCGUCUCUCCAUCUUGAGGAGCAUGUUCCUAUGAGUGAUAGCUUCCCUGAUUUUCUUUAUGAUUGCCUCAAUAAGGAUGUUACUACUAGUCAACAUAUGGAAAUGAAUGCUAAACAUGACGAAUAUGGUACUCAACUUCCAUCAGGUGAUGAUCUCUUUGAUGUUUUUGGUGUGGAUCUCAAAAGGAAACUGCUGAAUGGAAACUGGAAUAGAUCACAUGCCCAUGAGUCAGAUGCCAAUGCCAAAAAUCUUGAUAAAAAGGCUCCAUGUGUGGAUUUUCCGGGUACAGGUCCUGAUAAUAGUUAUUCCGGUAAUGAAGCAAUAUCAGACAGUGGCAUCUUCUGUGGAACAGGCACUGACCACCUUCUAGAUGCUGUUGUCUCAAGGGCUCAAUCUGCUGCCAAACAAAACUCUGAUGAAACGUCUUGCAAGACAACAUUUACAAGGAUUAGUACCGCCACCUCUGUCCCCUCUCCAUCCUGCAAGCAGGUUAUGUCUGAUCAUGUUGCCCAGGGAGCAUUGUUUGAUUUUCCUAAGAUGGGGACUAAAACAGGUGCUGUGGAAGCAAGUUCUCUUCGGUCAGGGUGUAGCAAGGGUGAUGCUGGAAACUGUUCUCAAAGUACUUCCAUAUAUGGGUCUCAACUUAGUUCAUGGGUUGACGACAGCAGCAAUGUGAAGCGUGAAAAUAGUGCUUCAACUGGAUACUCUAAGAGGCCGGAUGAAGCAGGCAAAACAAAUCGUAAACGGCUUAAACCAGGAGAGAACCCCAGGCCUCGACCUAAAGAUCGUCAAAUGAUUCAAGAUCGUGUGAAAGAGUUGAGGGAAAUUGUGCCUAAUGGAGCAAAAUGUAGCAUAGAUGCACUUCUGGAACGGACCAUCAAGCAUAUGCUUUUCUUGCAGAGUGUUACGAAGCAUGCUGACAAGUUGAAACAGACAGGGGAAUCUAAGAUUGUGAGUAAAGAAGGUGGAUUGCUCUUAAAAGAUAACUUUGAGGGAGGGGCUACUUGGGCAUAUGAGGUUGGCUCACAAUCAAUGGUGUGCCCUAUCAUAGUUGAGGAUCUUAAUCCUCCUCGCCAGAUGCUAGUGGAGAUGCUCUGCGAGGAACGAGGUUUCUUUCUGGAAAUAGCUGACUUAAUAAGAGGAUUAGGUUUAACAAUCUUGAAGGGGGUCAUGGAAGCCCGCAAUGACAAGAUCUGGGCACGCUUUGCUGUUGAGGCAAACAGGGAUGUGACAAGGAUGGAAAUAUUCAUGUCACUAGUUCAACUUGUGGAACAAACAGUGAAGGGUGGUGCAUCUUCAUCUAAUGCAGUUGACAACAACAUGAUGGUUUAUCAUUCUUUCCCGCAAGCCACCUAGAUACCAGCAACUGGUAGGCCUAGUAGCUUGCAAUGAAACAACCACCUUGCCAUGUAUAUUUUCUUCCUUAGUCUGGUUUUUGUUGAGAGCAAGUUUGACACAUGGUUGCUAUGGCCCACAUCAAAACUCAGCCUAACAUGUUUUCCAUGAUUGACAUAAAAUCCAGUCCUAGACUUUGUGUCAGCUUAACUAAGUCUAACCACUGUUUCACCUCUCAGAUCUGACCUCAGUUUGGGGAGGGAUUAGGUUAGUUAGUGAAAAGCAUUUCAUAUAAGAUAAGAGUGUUUCCUCCUAUACCUACCAAAAUAGCUUAAGCUGCUUAUCCAGUGUUGGCAGUCUCUGUAGAUGCUUUAGGCAAACUCUAGAUAAAUUGCAUCCAUUUUUUUGGCUGUAAUUCCAUUGGUGGGGUGUGUUGCUUGGUAAUUGGGUGUUGUGAUUCAGAUGUAUAGAUAUUGUAGGAUUUGGAAGGAAAAGGGUCUUGAGUUUAUCAUUACUCAUUCUUCCUUCAUAACCUUUUUCUCCUUGUUUUUUUGUUGGAGUGAUCAUGGCUGUGUUAUAAUACCAAUCUUAUUAAUAUCAGCUUUGUGUGGAUUGUGUAUGUGGAUCCCUACAGACUGCUAAAUGAGAGUUUAUUUAGUUA